GUGAAGCUCUGGGUGCUAUCGGGAAUCCUGAGGUGCUGGACAUCCUGAAACGUUACUCGGAGGACCCUGUGGUUGAGGUGGCAGAGACGUGUCAGCUGGCAGUGAAAAGGCUGGAGUGGCUGCAGGAGAACAAGGAGGAGCUGGGCAGCAGCCCCUACCUCUCCGUGGAUCCUGCCCCCCCUGCUGAGGAGACGGACGUGGCCAAGCUCCGGGACACCCUCCUGGACGAGUCCUGCUCCCUCUUCGACCGCUACAGGGCCAUGUUUGCCCUGCGCAACCUGGGGGGCCAGGCUGCUGUGCUGGCACUGGCCGACGGCGAGCCUGCCUGCCAAUCCCCUGCAGAACCGGCACUGGCUGACG